ACAGAGUUGCGAAGGCCGACGGCACCACGCCCCCUUCAACUAACUUUCAUCUUAGUUCAAGUUAUAAGUUCUAACUCUUUUCAUAAAUUAUAAACUCCUUUGAACUUACUGUAGUCGGUUUUGACAAUUUUCAAUAUUGCAAACGCCCGACUUGUUAUGCAAGGCAGGCAUAAAGCUUAGUACAUAAAAUAAAAGCCAUAUCUGAAGUGUAAGCAGUAUUGAUUUCUUUUAAAAUGUUGGGGGUCGCAUUGAGUUUUAGCUGUUUAUUAGUGUCUGUUAUUGCAAAUGGGGAGUUGUCGAUUUUACAGAAUCCUGAAUCGCUAGUUUUCCUAGGCCAGGAACAGCUUUCGCUUAGCAAUGUUAAAAACGUACUCUCUGCUACUCUAGGCUUUUCUAUUCCCGAGAGCCCUAGAUGGUCCGGACUUGUAAUAAAAAAUCCGUUCAACUUCGCCGAUGCUGUGGCCGUCGUGUCCGUACCGGGUGUUGCAUCAUUGGAUUCUGUUCAGGGGAGGACGUACCCGUUAGACACUGAUGAAGCGAUUGACGGCACAAGGAGGUCUCUCUUUUGGAGAUUCUCCGACCGUUUCCCAGCAGCUGCCGUGGACAAUGUGACCACAAUCCAUGUUUCUUUGGACAAACCUAAUGACGCUGCUGACGCUUAUGGUGAACUGAUGCAGAGGGAUUCACCAUCUGUUGAAAACCUUAAAAUGUCCAGGCCUGAAGACAAAGCAUUUAUUGAUCAAAUUAACAUGUUGGAUGCUAUCACUAAUAAAAUUGCAGAUAAAGGUUUAUCCAACGAUGGAAUACCAGAUGUUCAUUGGAUUACUGUACCUGGACUUCAUACCCUUAUUGAUACGUACGGACUUCAUAGCAAAGAAGUUGAGGAGGCUAAAAGAGUGCUUUCUUCAUCAGUGCUACUUUUAUCUGAAGUUUUCAACACCGCUUACAACGAUAAAGUGGUUUUUGCUGUAAUUUCUAGUGACGCCGUACACACCAGAAGAUACAGGAGACAGGCUGACGGAAAGGAGGCUGAAACUGACACCGUCGAAGCUACUAACAACGAUGGCGUAGAUGAGAAUUACCCGGUCAUUUUUAAUAUUUUCCUUUGGUUUGGCAUCUCCUUUACCAUGGUCCUGCUAGGAGUUUCAAUGGGUAUUGCUAAUAUGGAUCCAGGACGAGAUUCUAUUAUAUACAGAAUGACAAGCAACAGGAUGAAAAAGGACAAUUAAUUCUUUAUUGAAUUUUAUCAUCCAUAUUGUUAAUUUGUUAAGCAGAUAGCAGUGUGAAAAUUGUAAAAAUAUUUUUAAAAAAUUACAUUCCAUAUAUUAUUAUUCCAGGAUUGAUGAAACCUUGUCUAUUUGCUAGAUCAGAACAAUAUCAUAUAUUUAAGUACUUAAAAAGUAUUUUUAGUUCCUAAAGGUUUUCAAGUUAAAACAGCUAGCCUGUUGGGAGUUAUUUGUGCAAAUUGAACAUAUGUUAUUUAAUACCCCAUUUCAUGUUGAAUUUACUGUAAUUGAAAUUUUAUUUCUAGCGGUGUAAAUAAACACUUAAUGUAGUCACAUGUAAAUUUUCUGUAAAAAUAAAUAAAAAGAAAUUUUGUUGUC